AUGUUUAGAUCUGCCUGGGCUUGUCGAAAUAUUUCCUGGGCCUUGCCUGCCUGCUUGCCAUUGCUGUCGGCUUACCCUGGCCUGGUCUGUAGAUGCCUGAUACAAAACUUAAACGCGUCACCUUUAGGCGUCUUUAACACUAAUCAAGAGCAACAGCCAAUAUCGGCAAAACAAAAAUCAACUGAAUUACAAUUAUUUGAUAAUAAUUUGAUUCUUGAAGAAAUAUUAUGCGUAACAGUAAACAAUAAUUUAGAGUUAAACGUUGAGAAUUAUAUUGAUAUACUUGAAUUACUUGAAAUGAGAUUCAACGAUAUUACGAACAAUCCAAAUAAUCAACAACAAGGUUUAACCGAAGAUUUGCCUCAUCCGUCAACAUCAUUAUCCGAAGCAACACCGGCAAUGUCAACAACCAACACAAACCGUCGUUCAACAAUCGAAUCAUCCAUUGACGAUUCAAUGGAUAGCCGUUCUGUCAACGAUGAUGAAGAAGAAAGUCGUGGCGAAAGAGACGGUUUAAAUCAAAUUGAAAUAAAAAAAAGCGGUGGAACAGUACGAAAAUUGGCUCGAUUUGGAAAUAAACAGGUGGUAAAAUAUAGUAACGAAUAUCAUGAUAGACGAGUGAAAAAUAAUGAAGCUGUUAAAAAGUCAAGAAUGAAAGCAAAAGAAAAACAAAAAGACACAGAAGGAAAAUUAUCAAAAUUAGCUGAAGAAAAUCAUAAACUAAAUGAUCGUGUCGAUUUAUUGCUAAAAGAAUUGCACGUUCUUAAGUCACUAUACAAAGAAUUAAAUCAAGAACUGCCAUUCGAUGCGGUGAAAGCAUUAGAACGAAUUAAUGUCCAUUGA